ACUACUACUACUGCAUAACAUUGACUAAAGGGACAGAGGUUAUGUCCUCAAAAUUUUAGUUUUGAAGUGCGUUGUUACUUUGCAUCGUCUUGCUCGUUAUGGUAUUGGUUGAGGAAGGGUAAAUUAAUUGGUCAAGUAGGUCUUUGGCCUAUGAUAACAAGUCUGCUGGUCAUGAGUCGAGGAUGUUCCCUCAAGUAGAUUAGCCCAGGUUGCAGAACUUUAUGAGCCAUUCAAAAUGCUUAAAAGGUGUCUUUCUGGGAAUCGGAUACUUCAAAAAGUAUCCAGUGAAUCUGGUUUGCCAAGAUUGAAAGGUCAAAUAUCUACCUCUCAGGUGAAGAAUGCAUAUACAACACCUCUAGCCACAAGUGUUAGAUCUGUGUUUUCACUUCCCAGCCAAGCUCAGGUGGUAAUUUGUGGUGCUGGUGUUGUUGGGAACAGCAUAGCCUACCAUUUAACACGUGAUGGGUGGACUGAUGUCGUAGUUUUGGACCAACAUGAGAUAGGUUCAGGUACUUCACAUAAUGGUUCUGGUGUCCUUGGGUUAUUCAAGCCAUCAUCGGAAAGACAUUUUGUCACCUACUCUGUUAAUCUUAUAAAGACUUUGCAAGAACAGGGUUACAAUUUAGAUUUUAAACAGUGUGGUAGCCUGAACUUGGCUAGAACAAGAGACAGAACUAUUGCACUGAAGAGAAGACUUGCUUAUACAAAACCUUCUGGUUUAGAGUGUGAGUGGUUAGAUCGUCAUGAAAUUAAAAGGCUCCAUCCCAACUUAUAUACCGAUGACUUGGAAGGUGGUGUAUGGGUCCCCGAUGACGCUGUUGCUGAUCCAUAUGCAGUCUGUUACACUCUUGCCUCUCUUGCUCAGAGACAAGGAGCAAAAUAUUUUGAAGGUUGCACUGUAAAAAGGAUUAUUACAGAUGAAGUACCUCACUCACAGAUAGUACCUCGUGUUACUGAAAUCCUGACUUCAGAGGGCCCAAUUAAGUGUGAAUACUUUGUAAAUGCAUCUGGAAUGCCCUGUCAUGGAAGCAUUAGAUGGUCUCCCUGUUGUUCGUGACUAUGAUUCGCAUAUGUUCUGCUUAACAAGAAAUCAGGAAUUCGUUAUUGGGGGUUUUGAACGUCAUGCAAAACCAGCCUUUGAUUAUGGAAUCCCUCACAACUGGAGAGAAACACUCAAAGGAGAUUAUGAUCAGUUUGGACCUAUUCGUGGAGCAGCUGAACACAGGUUACCUCUUUUAAAAGAGGUUGAAUAUCAACCUUUAGUUAAUGCACCUGACAACUUUACUCCAGAUGGAAAAUGGAUUCUUGGAGAAACUCCAGAGAUUGAUAACUAUUUUGUGGCUGUUGGAAUGAAUGGCAAUAGUCUACAAGGUGCUGGUGGUGCUGGCCAAGCAAUUGCAGAAUGGAUUAUGUAUGGCAGUCCAGCCAAGGAAAUGCUGGCAUUUGAUGUAAGGCGCUUUAUAGAUCUUCAUAACAAUAGACGAUACUUGAAGGAAAGAGUUCGUGAAGUAGUAGGCAGGCACUAUGAAAUCCUCUUCCCUGGUCAGUGUGAAUACCGACUUGCAAGAAAACUUAGGUGCUCACCAAUUUACAGUGAACAAGAAUCUCAAGGUGCUGUCUUUGGAACACGUAUGGGAUUUGAGCGACCUUUGUACUUCGAUGUCACCCACAAACGUGGUGAUCCACCAUCACAAAUGCCAGAGGGCUCAUUUAGGAAACACUUUUUUGACUGUGUUCGAGAAGAAUAUCAAGCUUGUCGAGAAAAUGUUGGAGUCAUAGAUCUCUCGUCCUUCACCAAAAUUGAAGUGAAAUCUCUCGGCUUUGACAAAAACAGGCAGUUUGAUGCUGAAGAAAUGAAGUCUGCUGGCAAUCAGGUGGUGGAAUACAUGCAAAAGCUAUGCAGUAAUGACGUCAAUACACCUGUAGGUGGUGUGAUACACUCAGGAAUGCAAAAUGAGCGAGGUGGAUAUGAAAAUGAUUGCCUUCUUAUACGACGAACAGAUAACAGUUAUUUAAUGCUGGCCCCAACAACUCAACAGACUCGCAUUAUGGACUGGAUGAGAAGGCAGAUAACAGCGGAUGCUUGUGUAUCUGUAUCUGACGUCACGUCUAUGUAUACGGUACUUAGUGUUGUAGGACCUAAGUCGAGAGAAAUGUUAUCCCUAAUGUGCAAUCAAAAUCUCAGCUUCCAUGGCCAUAUGGCUAAGGAAAUUAAUAUAGCUUAUGCAUCUGGUGUCUUAGUAUUGUCUUUCACACACAUGGGUGAGCCAGGUUACACCCUUAUUAUACCUGCCGAGUAUACUCUUCACAUCUACAACCAGCUUAUGAAAAUUGGUCAUGAUUAUGGGAUACGAAACGUUGGCAUGAUGACAAUGCGAUCAUUACGAGUUGAAAAAUUUAUUCCAUUUUGGGCUGAGGAGCUUGAUUCUUCUGUAACACCUUAUGAAGUUGGACGGGGAUACAAGGUCAAAUUAAAUAAAGAAUACUUUAUUGGAAAAUUUGCUCUCAUGCGUCAGGCCAAUCAGGGCAUGACAAGGCGUUUGGUUCAUUUCACAUUAGAUGAUAGUUUUGACCCAGAUGAAGAUAUAUGGCCGUGGGGAGGAGAACCUAUUUAUAGGAAUGGCAUAUAUGUAGGCAAUACCACUUCGUCAGCAUUUGGAUUUACCCUGAAUAAAAUGGUGUGCCUUGGAUGGGUCAAGCAUCAUGAUGGCAAAGCUGUAGCUCCAGAGUACAUUUUGGGCAAGUCUCGAUUUGAAAUAGAUAUUGCAGGUCGGAGAUAUCCUGCUAAUGCCUCUCUUCAGCCUCCAAAGAUGCAUGUAGUGAGGAUGGAUGGCUUUGCAUCAUAUAGACCUAAACUAAGAGGAAUUGUUGCAUAGUAGAUGUACAUAUACCAAACAACUGGCUUGAUAGUGUUUAUACUGAUAUUAUUUAAUAGAGUAUUUAUUGAUGUAAAAAGUAAAUUAUUUUAUUUGAAACUUUUGCUAAUGAUAAGUGAUGAUCACCAACAUUAGUUACAGCUGUGCAUACAGUACCAUAACCACAUCAAGUAUUGUAUAAAGUCCUGUAAAAAAAAUCAACUCAUGUGUAAAUGCAUUCUUCAGAAUGUGUUAACUUUUAACAUUUUGAUAUGGAGUGCAUUGUUGAAAUUUUGAGCAUUGUCAGUGUGUCGCCAAAGAAUUUAAUGAGAUAUUCAUUAUA